GUUUUGACACAGAGGAAGAGCUGUCAAACGUUUGUUUGGGUGGUGAAGGUUUGCAGUUAUUUUGCAAGAUUGGUAUAAAAUUGACCAAAUAAUAGUAAUAAUUGAAAGAGAGUGUGUGUUUUCUAACUCCGAUAAAGUUACAAUCAACUCUAGCAUCUUUGUGUGCGUGUAAUUUGGUUGGUAGUUGGCCAAAACAAAAUCGUACUCAGCUCCUGUCCUCAUUCGCAACAUAACUGAACACCUACUUGGAGGUUGGAAUAUUUCGGCGUAAAAGCAUUUUACGUGCUAUGCACUUAAAAAAAGUUGAAUACCAAACGUAACAGCCUGGGUGUACUCCACAACCUAGAACCGGAUACAUUGCAUCCUACCAGCACCUCAGUGACGCAGAGCACCGCAGAGCAUAAGCACAGCAUAGCAAUGUUGAUGUGAACCAUUGUUUGCAUGGCUGUCAAACAGCUCGACACCACGCUUUUUGGAGCGCUCCCAGCGAACGAGGAUGAAGUUGAGCGAGUUCACCUUGUACUGUGACCAAUUGGUCCAUGCGUCACGCAACUGCGCCGACCGUUGGCGAUGGGUGCGGGAGAAGGAGCCGGGCUACCUAUGUCUGGAGACAGUACGGCAUGUGCGGAGCACCGAAUCGAACCCCCAGACCGAGGUGCUGGAGGGCAUGGCCGAGCUGGACGUGGAAGAUGAUCCGUGCCUGGCCGCUGUCGGUGGUGGGCAGCCUACCGCCCGGAUGCUAGCGUUCGAGUAUCACGUGCUGUACUGUGAAAGCUACGAGGUACCUACACUGCUGUUUAACAUAUACGAGGAAGGUGGCGCUCGGUUAAACCUGGAGGAAGCAUGGGAGGUGCUGCAGAUUAGCGGAUGCGUACCACCGGACGAGCGGUACAGUGCGAUCACGAUGGUGCACCAUCCGGUACUGUACCGGCCGUACCUGAAGCUGCAUCCUUGCAAAACAGCCGAACUGAUCGGCUCACUCUCCGGCAGCACGAACCCGGUACUGUCUUUCCUUACGACCUACGCGCCGUACGUUAAUCUGGAGCAAGAUGAGCUGGCUCGGGCGUUGCAAUCGGAUGGUAAAAAAGAAACCGGCGAGUAAUGCACCAUGUGAUCAGCAAGACUGCAACACUGAAUGCGGUCUAUGCAAGUAGAGUAAGCAUGCGAUACGUAAAAAUAAAAUUAAAGCUUUGAUUUUGUGA